AUGUUGAGAAGUGACAAAUAUAAAACUCCUGCGUACACGCAACUACAUGCUCAAAUGCGAUGCGUUUUCUCCUCAGAGAGCCGUUCGUCGUGCGGCGGUGGCGACGGGUCGGAAGGUGAAGAGCGCACGUCGUGGCGCGUUACGCUGGACCACGACCUGGUCGAGACGCUGAGCGCCAUCUACCCCGAGUGGUUCAAACAGCCCCGUCGCGAGCGCAGCCGGCCCGCCUCGCCUGCGUCCCCUAACUCGCCUAAUACGCCGGCGACGUCGCCUGAGGACGACAUCUUCAGCUCGGGUGCAGAGGAUAUGGCUGGUCGUCAAGCUAGCAGUAGCGGCGCGAGUGAGCCACCGAGCUCCCCGCCGCGAGUGUCCCCCCCGAAGGUGGUCGUCGACGACAGCCCCUUGCAGCCCGCUAUGGGCAAACACAAGGAAUCGUUGAAGGUGAAGCUGAUGAUGCGCCGCCCGAUAAAUCAGUUGGUCGCGCAAGGGAUCAUGCCACCGUUAAAAACACCGCCCGCGUAUUUCAAACAAAGCGUGCAGCUGGCGCGCGCGAAGACCGGAGAUUUGUUGAAGGCGAAGAUUCAGAGCAGGCCCAAUCGUCAGGAGCUCGAACGAAGACAUAUACUGGAACAGGAGAGCCAUGUUGAUCCAAGCUUAGCGGAGAAACAGCGUAUGCUGAAAAAGGCCCGCCUUGCGGACCAGCUCAAUGACCAGCUCUCACAUCGGCCAGGACCUCUAGAACUUAUCAAGAAAAAUAUACUACAUACAGAAGAAAAUAUAGAAACUGCUGUCAAAAGCGGUAGUCUAGCCUUCAAAGCAACAAGCGAGGGUGCCUCAGGAAGGCCUCAACAUCCCUCUUCCUAUUGUGGCCCACCUGAAGAGAUCUCACCCUCCCCAUCACCACCAUCGAUCAUAUCCCCAACUAGUGUUUCUCAGUGCAACAUACAGCACCCAGCUCCGGGUAAAGCAAACCGUAGAAAACCAAAAAUAAAAGAAAAGUGCAAAUCGCGGUUUAAGUUCCACGAGUAUAAGGGUCCACCGAAUGCGCAAAAGUCGACCUCACCGCCUGGAUCUGACGAGACCCCAUAUGAGCUCUUACUGCAGCAACAACAGUUGUUGUUACAGUUAAUGCUGCCGGCGUCACCAGCACCCUCCUCUACUUCCAUAGCGUCCGACUCAUCUGACGCUUUACCCGCUCCUCCUCCGCCACCGCCCCUGCCUGUCACUAGUAACUUCGUGAACUCCCGCUUCGAAGACAUGAAAGUGUCUGAUUUACGUGCCGAGUGCAAGCGUCGAAAUUUAAGAGUCUCUGGUCCCAAGCCCCAGCUUAUAGAUCGCUUACGACCGUAUCUCCUGGAUAAUAUGCUAGAAGAUUCGCCCACAUCCCCGGUAUCCCUCGCUUCACCUGAGACUAAGCCAGACCCUGAGUCAGAGGAUAUAGUUCAAUCGCAACGGAGAUUGAUCGAAGAAUUAGAACGUCAGUUAGAAGAGUCUAGACAACAGUUAGAAGCUGUGCGUCGCGAAGCUGCCGGUGCUAGCGAUCAAAGUCGCAGGUUGCUGCAGGCACAUCUAUGUGUCACACAGCUUAGAGCGAAACUAGACGCUCUCCAACAGCCCGCCGCGCCCAAUCCACCGCAGCGCUAUGUGAUAGCCACGCCGGACACUGCUCCAGAUCGUCUCGUCCGUCUUUUCACGGUCACUCCUCCAACAACCGAAGUGACUUCCGAUAAUCAACCCAAAACUAACCCGGCGUACAUUUUAAAUGGGGUAAAAGUGGUACCUAUCGCGAUCCUACCAACACAUUUUGAACCGGAACAGGCACCGCCACCGCCUCCGCCCCCGCCGCCUCCACCGCCGCCGAUGCCACUUACCCCCCUAUCUACCAUUCAAGAUAGCGAAGAUAGUCAGAUUAUGGAUGAUGUUCUGGAGAUACUUGUGGAGAACGGUGAGCUUCCACCGUCGGCCGUUGGUGACGUCGCAUCGAAUAGAUCUAUAGACACGGGGUACUUAACGGCUAGUCCAGGCGAUUUUACUCCCACUGACGUUUUAACUGACGACGUCUUGAGCGACAGUCACGUUCGGGACUCAUUAGCUGCCGAUGAAUUGCAGAGAGAACUAAAUGAGAUACAAAACGAAAUUAUGAGUCACGAUCUAUCUUCAGUCGGAGAUAUCAAAUGCGACGUCGAUGGCAUCGACCACGAUCUCAACGUCGAUAUGUUAGCGACCAACGAGUUUAAUGCUAAUUUUGCCGAUUGCAAUUCUACAUCGGACAAUGACUUCUUCGGCUCUCUCUUGGCCGGCGACAAUGAGACACACGGCAUGGACAUUGACGAUGACCAGACGGAGAGGAUGACCAUGACUCCGCUCACAAACGGUGAUAUAUUGGACACCUCGAGAACCGAUUUUCCCGAUAUAAAUGAUUUGUCUUUACCUUUCCACAAUGAGGACACGCGUCACGACACGUUCGAUGAUCGCCCCUGCGAUAUCGACUUCAAAGAAUUCGGCAUUGAUUUGGGCAACAGCGUCAACAUGGACACCGAAUGCUACAUGAACAAUACGUUUCCGAAUUUGUUCGGUCGCGGUCACAUGCCGCCGUGCGACCCUCUCCUCGGCGGUAUACUGUCGCGCCCCGCGCCGCGUCCCGCCUGCAAAAUAUACUCUUGGGAGAAAAGCGAAUACGACGCCACUUGA